AUGCCGGCCGCCUACUCGACUGGCGCGACGCAGCCUCUCACGCCCAAGGACAAGUCGGCCCACUCGCGCUUCCGCUUCGGCAACUCGUCGUCGGCCCACCCUCCCGCGGCCGGCGCGGGCGAGUCGACGACGACCCCGCCCGACUCGCCUCUCCGACCGCGCUUCCUGCGCCGCCAGCACCACCACACGACCACCAAGCACGGUGCCGCAGUCGACAAGAUCCCGUGGGACUCGCCCUCGUCGCCGCCAAAGCCUCCUCUCGGUCCUCCCCCUCCUCCCCCGCCUGCACCGCCACCCUCGGCGACCCGCAGCCAGAGCGACACGGCCCUCCUGCAGCCUCGCACCAGCACCGACCUCGAACCCGGUGGGCGAGUCGCAGUGCUGCCGAGCCCCGCCAAGUCGGUGCCGAGCGGCAAAAGCGCGCAGACGGGCGCGAGCAGCGCAGGAGGAGGGUUCCGCCGCCUCGUCACCAAGGGCAGCAAGUUCUCGCUCCGCUCGACCUUCGCCCCGCUCACCGGCAACCACCCGCACGCGCGCGAGCACAGCGGCAGCACCACCUCGCCCCCAACCUCUCCUCCCCUCUCCUCUCGCUUCCCCUCGACCUCGUCCGCCGCGAGCUUCCGCUCUCGUUCCGGCUCGACCGACCUCCGCCACCAGCCCUUUGUUGGCACGCGUGGCUUUGCGACCUACCCUCGCGAGAUCAGCAGCCCGACGGGCUCGCGCGUCGGUCCGGCGCCCGUCGCGCUCCUCCUCGCGACGCCGCUCCCGAGCCCGGCCGAGCACGACUUUGACUGGGCGAGCAGCGCUACGCAGAACGAGGGCGGCCCUGGUCGAGUCGGCGGCAAGGCGGCGAGGUUCCUCGGCGAGGGUGUGGUCCCGAGCGGCAAGGCGGCAAAGCUUCUCGGCAUGGAGCGCAAGCAGACGCUCGUCAAGAAACCCAGCUCGGCAUCGCUCCUCACCGCCGACCUGUCGGACCACAUGCACCGCCAGUCGCUCGUGCCCUCAACUUCCUUCGGCAGCUCGACCUCGUCUCGCGUCUCAACGCCGUACUCGCACGCACGUCAGCGUUCGAUCAGCGUCCCGGUGCGGUACUCGCCCGGCGCCCUACUCGGCGGCCUCGGUAUCUCGAACGGCUGCGGCGGCGAGUACGACGACGACUUUUGGCGCCCGGCCACGCCUCUCACGCCGCCGUCGACCCUGCCCCAUUCGGCGUUCAUCACGUCCGACUACGACGGCUCGUCGCCGACGCAGACGAUCGAGAACUCGCCAGUGCGCGAGCGCCGCCGCGCCCCGUCGCACUCGUCGUCGCGCGACUCGUUCCCGCAGACAGCGCGCAUCACGUCGUACGCGUCGUCGACCUUUUCGCCGAGCGGCAUCCCGUCGUUCUACCCGGCGUCGAGCGCCGCCGAGCCCGACUGGCGCAACUCGACGUGGUCGGCGCGCCCGGACAGCGCCGACGUGUCAGCCGGGCUCGCGCUCGACCCGGGCCCGCCGCGCCUGCCCAAGCCCAAGCGGCUCAGCCCCGAGUCGAUCCGCUUCUCGGCCUUCUUUGCCGGGCGCACGAGCGACGUGUUCAGCGGGACGAGCGCGAGCGCGGGAGGGAGCUCGAGCGAGGCGGCGAGCGGGCGGGAGCGAGCGCCGGCGAGGGCUUCUCGGCAGCCGAGCCUCGGCUCGAGGGCUACGUCGUACGAGUCGAGCGGCGAGGAAGGGUCACGGCGGGCGAUCGACGUGCUGCGGACGGACUCGCCGGCGUCCUGGUCGACGGGCAGCGCGUCCGCUUUCCCGGUGACGGCCGCGCCCUCGACGCUCUCCCUCCCCGCCCUUCCACCUCCCGUAUCCCCUCUCCCGACGCCACCGCCCUCGCGCACCCCACCUCCGCCACCGUCCUCUCGCCCUCCCUCGUCGACUCGCCUACACGCCGGCCGCACGACCCAGCCCCGCCGCAGCAACACGCUCCUCUCGGUCGCGUCGUCGCACACGCGGCGCUCGCAGCGCUCUCACGCGCUCGACGCGCUCGAGGGCCGGCCGCGCCGCACGAGGACGAGGGAAAGCAGCGGCGCGAGCAGCGCGGCCGAGGCGGGCGCGAGCGUCGACGCGAUCGCGGUCAUGGAGCGCAGGGCGCUCGAGGCUGGAGGACUCGUGCGCGCGGCGAGCGACGACGGCGGCGUCGAGUUCGAGGUCGAGGGCGAGGGCGAUCUCGAGGGGCUCGAGCGCGGUCGAGAGGCUCGAGCGGUGGCCGAGGGGCCGCAGCUCUCGAGGAAGAGCCGGCCCUUCCUCGACUUUGGGUGGAGCAGCGACGAGUGCGAGGAGCCGAGCGGAGCGCCUGUCUCGAGACGGGCCGAGCGCGCUCCUCCUCUGCCCAUGCCGUCGUCGUCGUGCGCGGCCACUCCUACCGCCGGCUUCCUCGGCCGCCCACCCGCCACCACCUCGUCGGCCCUCUCGUUCUCGACCUCGUCAUCGUCAGCGUUGCAGCAGUCGCAGCCCCGUCGCCAUUUCGCGCCUCCUGCCCCGCCCGUCCACCUUCCUCGCCGUCCUCCUCCACCUCCUGCGCCCUCUCCCGCUCCCGGCGCACCUCUCCCGCCCGCCCCUCUUCCUGUCGUCACACCCACUCCCCUCGCGACGCGUCCACCUACGCGGCCGAAACACGUCCGCCGCGCGUCGAUGCAGAGCUCGAUCCUCUCGCUCUCGACGUCCGAAGACGACGACGACGACGUGCGCGACGCGAGGGAGGUCGUCAGCGCGUUCCCGGCGCCGCCGCCGACGGGGUUUGGCGGAGGACCGAGCUCGAGGACGUGAGCGAGAGGGAGGAGGAGCCGUCGCUGCGCGAGGACGAGGGUGCGGGAGAACUAGGUGGGCGGGGCGACGGGAGCGGUUGAGGAGGAGGAGAGGCGAGAGCGCCUGUAGCUUGUCUAUCGGAAUCUUGAUGACGUGACGU